ACACACACACGUACACUCAAACACACACACAUACACACAAACACAUACACACACAUCCACAGUACAGUAUAUUAAGUACCUCUGUCAAACACUCCUCUGUUAUCCAGUCUACGGUAGAACAAUUCCCCCCAACAGAGCUCCAGUACUGACAAACAAGCGAUGGCAGGACCCAGGCCUGUUGUGCUGAGCGGACCCUCCGGAGCGGGGAAGAGCACUCUGAUGAAGAGGCUACUGAAGGACUACGAGGGGGUCUUUGGCUUCAGCGUGUCACACACAACCAGGAAACCUCGACCAGGAGAAGAAGAAGGAAAAGGCUUGAACAUGCUCCCUAUGCUUCUGGGGGCUACAUUACUGCCCGUAGCAGACGUCUUCUCCUCUAAGGACGUAGUUAUGUCCACCGCAAUUUCGGAGGGGAGAAAGGUGACCUGCCCGCCCGACUACCACUACACAACCAGGGAAGCAAUGCAGGAGGGGAUUGACAACGGAGAUUUCAUUGAGAAUGCAGAAUUCUCCGGAAACUUGUAUGGAACAAGUAAGUCUGCGAUUGAGGAUGUGCGGGCUCAGAACCUCAUCUGUAUCCUGGACGUGGACAUCCAGGGGGUGCGAAACAUAAAGAAGACCGACCUCGACCCCAUUUACAUCUCCAUCCAGCCCCCCUCCAUGGAAAUCCUGGAAACACGUUUGCGAGACCGGCAGACGGAGACAGAGGAGAGCCUACAGAAGCGUCUAGAGGCAGCGCGGCAGGACAUGGAGCUCAGUAAGGAGCCAGGUGUGUUUGAUGUGGUUAUCAUCAAUGAUGACUUAGACAAGGCCUACGAGGAGUUGACAGCCAUCCUCAUUGAUGAAAUCAAAAAAGUGCAGGAAGUAAAGUCCUAAGAGGUGAUCAGCAGAGAUCUGGUCUUGCUCUCUAUGAGGUCCUCCUCAAGAGGACCAACCUGAAGAAACUUCGAUCACUACCCAGCACCCAAGAGAAGAGCCUCACCUGAUGGAUCAAUAUGGAGUUCCAAGCUGAGCUAAUUGUGCACAUGAAGCCACUUAUGUUUGAAUAACUGUUCAAUUAAAAACUAGUCCAUAUAUUUUCGGGUUGUUUUUUCUUAAUUUUCUCAAUAGUGUUACCCAUUAGAGAUGUAGGCUACAAUGUAAUAAGUGGUCCAAAACCCAACAUAUCUAUGCCUCGUAGUAUACCAUGGAAAAGUAACAAGGAACUUCUGCCAAAAUGUUAUCUUAAUGAAUAAAGAUUAUGCAUUAGCCUGCUCCAUAUUCUAGGGUUAGAGUAUAAACUGGAAGAUACAUAACAUCAAUGUGCAUCGCUUUAACGCAAUGAUAAUGGAUUAAAUUUCAACUGCCUAAUAAAACGAA